UGCCUACACUGGGAAGCUAGGACACAAAUGGGCACUCUUCCCAGGCCCUUCCUUUGGGCUGACCCAAGUCCUGUGGUCCAUAAAGAAGCAAAUGUGACCCUCCGGUGCCAGGGCCGACCAGGGAGUGACAGAUUCCAGCUAUGGAUGGAUGGAGAGCUCAGAGAGGAGAGAAAUGACUCAUGGUCACAGGCAGACUUUGUGCUCAGGAGGGUGGAUGACUUCAAUGAUGCGAGAAGCUACAGGUGCCGCUCUGGGCAGGGGACCUUGUGGUCAGAGCUCAGUGACCCCCUGGCCCUGGUGGUGGUGACAGAACUCCUCCCCAGACCCAGCAUUUCAGUCUCACCUCGCUCCAUAAUAUCUGCAAGCACAACAGUGAACAUCUGCUGCUCCUUCCAAUCACUGUCAUCCUCUCAGAGCUACAGUUUUGCCCUCCUGGAGGCAAAGAGCCUGGAGCCCUUACAGCUACAGAACAUUACAGGAAAACAGGCUGCUUUCUCACUUCCAUCUGUGAGGACCGAGGACAGUGGGAGCUACAGCUGUAUUUACUACAGGAAGACACCCCCCUACAGGGGGUCAUAUCCCAGCCAUGCCCUGGAGCUGACUGUGUUGGGACCACUCCCCAAGCCCACUCUGUGGACCCACACUGACCUUGUGGUGACCCCAAGGACCAACAUCAUUCUGUGGUGCUCCAGGCCCAGGCUAUCUUCUCUUCAAGAGGUGACUUUCACUCUGUGGAAGUCUGGGACCCAGGAACCCUUACAACAGCAGCCCACAGCAGAUCUCUGGACUGACUUCUCCCUCUCCUCUCUGAGCCCUGAGGACACUGGGAGCUACAGGUGUGCUUACAGGACAGUCUCUGGGACAGAAUCAGAGUCCAGUGAUGCUGUGGAGCUGGUGGUGCCAGGAUCUCUGCCCAAGCCUUCUCUCUCAGCCCUCCCAGGCCUGGUGGUGGAGCCUGGGAAGCAUGUGACUCUCCAGUGCAGGCAGCCCCCUCGGUCAGCACUCUGGAGAGCGACAUUCACUCUGCUGAAGGUGGGCAGCCCUCAACCCCUGCAGAGCCAGAGCCCAGCUGGGACUUCAGCUGACUUCCCCCUCCUGUCUGUGAGGGCCCAGGAUGUUGGCAACUACACCUGUGUCUACUAUAGUAGGACGUCUCCAUACCAGGUCUCUGAGCCCAGUGAUGCCCUGGAGCUGACUGUGUUGGGACCACUCGCCAAGCCCACUCUGUGGACCCACACUGACCUUGUGGUGACCCCAAGGACCAACAUCAUUCUGUGGUGCUCCAGGCCCAGGCUAUCUUCUCUUCAAGAGGUGACUUUCACUCUGUGGAAGUCUGGGACCCAGGAACCCUUGCAACAGCAGCCCACAGAAGAUCUCUGGACUGACUUCUCCCUCUCCUCUCUGAGCCCUGAGGACACUGGGAGCUACAGGUGUGCUUACAGGACAGUCUCUGGGACAGAAUCAGAGUCCAGCCAUGCCCUGGAGCUGACUGUGUUGGGACCACUCGCCAAGCCCACUCUGUGGACCCACGCUGACCUUGUGGUGACCCCAAGAACCAACAUCACUCUGUGGUGCUCCAGGCCCAGGCUAUAUUCUCUUCAAGAGGUGACUUUCACUCUCUUGAAGUCUGGGACCCAGAAACCCUUACAACAGCAGCCCACAGAAGAUCUCUGGACUGACUUCUCCCUCUCCUCUGUGAGGCCUGAGGACACUGGGAGCUACAGGUGUGCUUACAGGACAGUCUCUGGGACAGCAUCCAGUGAUGCCCUGGAGCUGGUGGUGCCAGGAUCUCUGCCCAAGCCUUCUCUCUCAGCCCUCCCAGGCCUGGUGGUGGAGCCUGGGAAGCAUGUGACUCUCCAGUGCAGGCAGCCCCCUCGGUCAGCACUCUGGAGAGCGACAUUCACUCUGCUGAAGGUGGGCAGCCCUCAACCCCUGCAGAGCCAGAGCCCAGCUGGGACUUCAGCUGACUUCCCCCUCCUGUCUGUGAGGGCCCAGGAUGUUGGCAACUACACCUGUGUCUACUAUAGUAGGACGUCUCCAUACCAGGUCUCUGAGCCCAGUGAUGCCCUAGAGAUCUGGGUGACAGAUGAGCUCCCCAAGCCUUCCCUCUCAGCCUCACCAGGACUAGAGGUGGUCUCAGGAACCAAUGUGACCUUCCUUUGCUGGGGACCUUCAUGGGCUACUAAAUUUGUUCUGUACAAGGAGGGAGUUGAAGAAAUCCUGCACAACAAGGGAGCCCAUGAAGAUCGGGGUCAGUUCCUCUUGACUCGUGUGACCCCCAAGGACUCUGGCAAAUACAGCUGCAGCUAUCAUCUGGGCAUCAAUGAAAGUCUCUGGAAGCAGCCUAGUGAUGCCCUGGAGCUUCUAGUGAAAGAUUCCAGUAACAACCUCAUCAUCCUCCUCAGCUGUGUUUCUUUUCUCCUCCUCCUCUGCCUUCUCCUGUUUGCAUUCCUCCGCCAUGGAUCCAUUCCUAUGGGGUCUUUGCAAGGAUACAGUCCUCAGAGCUGUUUUUGUUGCUCUUGCCUUCCUUGGAGGACCUGCCUGCCUCAUCAUCCUGAGGCACCCAGAGAGGAAAGCCCAUAUACAGAAGUGGCUGUGGACCGACCAAGGGAACUACAGGUCUCCAUUGCUGAAGAACCUCAGGGAGUGACAUACACUCAGCUGAACAUAAAAACCUUGAAUAAGAAGAAAACUAACUCCAAAAAAUCUCCCACAGAAGACACGCUCUAUGCCAGUUUAUAUUUAGACUGAGAGUUUGGGCACCUUGUUUGUGAAGGAAUUCUCCACUUCUGCUCGUCUCCUCUCCCUCAUCCUUAUUUUAUCUGUUCCCUAAUGUAGCUUUCCCACAUUCCCAUUACGGAGGAGCCAUGAUAACUAUUAAGAAUAUCUCCUGGGCAUAAACUUGGGCAAACCCAGUGCAUCAGUCUAAAGGUGGCUGAGAAUAGAAUCUGAAACUUAAAGUUUUAAGAAACACCUUAUUGAAAUGCUGAAACAGCAGGAAAGACAGUGGAUUUUAUUUUUGUUCAUUGUGGCUAGUAAAAGUAAUAAUAAUAAUAAGUAUUAUCACUAUUACUAUUUUCUCCUCCUGUAACUAUCGUGAACACUUUGCUUUGUGGUCAAUGUUGGAUAAAAGAGAGAAUAAAAAGCUUUUAUAGUGGCGUAGAAAGUGGUGCCUACAUGGGAAUGACCUCACUAUCAUCAGUACUGGGUCAAAGAGAAAAUAACAUACACACACAAUUGGGUUUAAAUUCUAUCUUAUCCUACAGGAAACUGGAGAAGGGGAUAAGAGAAGAAAAGGGAGUAAUAGAAAGAAGGGCAGAUUGGAGAAUUAGAUUCAAAAAAAUUCUUCCAUCAGAUUAUCUGAAGAAAGAAAACAGAGAACAGAGUAAAAUAGGAUCCAAAUUGGAGUCAAAUACUGUUUUCUAAAAUAAUUGUGAAAAAAAAUUUUUUGAAGCAAGUUUCUCUGAUAAAGGCCUCAUGUCUCAAACAUAUAAAGAAAUGAGUCAAAUUUAUAAACUUCAAAGCCAUUCCUCAAUUGACAAAGGAUUUAAAAAUAUGAACAAUUUUCAGAUGAGUUUAAGCUAUCUUUAAUCAUAUGAAAAGAUGCUUUAAGUCAUUAUUUAUUAAAUAAAUGCAAAUUAAAACAAUUCUGAGGUAUUCCCUCAUAUUUAUUAGAUUGACUAAUAGGACAAAAUAGGAAAAUGACAAGUGGUGGAGGGCAUGUAGCAAAAAUAAAACAUUAAUGCUCUAUUGGCAGAGCUGUGACUCUAUUCAAUGAUUCUAUAGAGUGACUUGGAACUAUGCCCAAAAGGCUACAAAAACAUACAUAUCCUUUGAGCUAAAAAUACCACUUCUAGACCCGUAUUGGAAAAGAGAGGGAAAAAUCAAAAAGAAGGACUUAGGAUGAAAAUUGCCGUCCAUCCCCAGAGAAAGAAGUGGUGGUGUUUGAAUAUAGAAUAAAGCAGACAUUUUUAUUUAAUUAACUUUUCUUGAGGGGCUUUUUUGGUCUAUGUUCCCUUCUUUGGUCUAUGUUCCAUGAUUACUGUGGAACUGUUUUGAAUGACUACACAUGGGUAUCCUAUAUUGAAUUGUUUGGCUUGGGAAAGUAGAGUUGAACUUGGAGGAAAGGAAAAAUUUGGAAAUCAAGGUUUUAAAAAUAAAUGUUUGUAAUUGUUUUACAUGUAAGUAAGAAAAUAAAAUACUAAAUGAAAAGGAAAAGGAAUAGGAAAAAUAUUAAUCAAUUUUUUAUUCUCUUCAAAGAAUCAGCUAUCAGUUUUAUUUAUCAUUCCUAUAGAUUAGUUUGUUUCUCUUUGUUUCUUCUCUAGUUUUUAUGUCUCCUCCUUUGUGGUUAUUUGAUAUUUGUCUAUUUCUUAAGUUUUUAGUCCUUUAUGAUAAUAUACAGUUAAUUAAUUCUUCUCCUUCCUAUUUUAUUAAGAUAUCUUUGAAGAUAAAUGACUUUUUCCAAGCAGACUUCUUCAGCUGUAUCUCAAUAAAUA